AUGGGCUCGGGUUAUUAUGAAGACUUAAUAAGGGUGAUUAAUAAGGGAAUGGAAAUGGAACUGGUAAAGAUCUUGACCAUCUUCAUAGCUAUUGAUUUCUCUAACAAUAGAUUUUAUGGAGAAAUUCCAAAUACCAUGGGAAAUCUCAAGGUAUUAAUUGUACUCAACCUAUCAAGCAAUAGUUUCACUGGCCCUAUUCCAUCAUCCUUUGGGGACUUAACUCAGCUCCAAUCUUUGGAUCUCUCGCAAAAUAAGUUCCUGGGAAAAAUUCCUCAACAACUAGUAAGUCUCACAUUUCUUGCAUAUCUAAACCUCUCUCUUAACCAACUUACAGGUCCAAUUCCUCAAGGUAGCCAAUUUGGGACAUUUCAAAAUUCCUCAUUUGAGGGGAACUUGGGAUUGUGUGGCUUUCCAUUGUCCAAGAAAUGUGAAAAUAUUGAGAUACCAACUUUUGAGCCUAGACAAGAAUCAUCAUUUGGCGAAGGAUUCAAUUGGAAAGUGGUAGUGGUGGGAUAUGCUAGCGGACUGGUUAUUGGAUUGGUUCUUGGACAUGUUAUCAUCUCAAGGAGGCCAGAUUGGUUUACAAGAACUUUUGGAGUGAACCUACACAAGUGA